CCAUUGUCAAGCAAAAGUGAGGAAACGCGAAUUAUAAAUGUUCGGUAAAUAAGCGGAUUCUUUCAGGCUUUAACACUAGAUGAGAAAUUAGUAAUUAUUGUGUAAAAAUAUCUUCCUCCCUAUUAUUGUUUUUUGUUAUUACUAUGGCCUCACAUCUAAGCACUAAGGAUCGUUUACUUUCUCUCAUCGACGACAUCGAACUAAUAGCUAAGGAGAUUAUUGAGGUAUCUAUAGCACCUAAAUCACAAAAACUAUCAGCUGCUGACCAUGCACAGUUAACAGAUUUGUUGUUGGCUAAAGAUGUAGAACUAAAGAAAACAUUAGAUUUGGCCGAAGAACAAGCUAAGAUUCAACAGAAAAUGAAUGAACUUAAAGGUGAAGUUGAUAAUAAGGAUCAAGAUAUUCAUCACUUACAACGGCAAUUGAAAGAUGCCGAACAAAUACUUGCUACAUCAUUGUAUCAAGCUAGACAGAAGCUCGCAUCUAUUGUUAAAUCCAGGAAGAGGCCAGUAUCAUCGGAAGAAUUAAUAAAAUUUGCCCACAGAAUCAGUGCAUCCAACGCAGUCAGUGCACCUUUAUCGUGGCAACCUGGUGAUCCUCGUAGACCAUAUCCCACAGACCUCGAAAUGCGGCUGGGAAUGAUUGGUCGUCCUAGCGAUCCACCAGUUAACAAUGGUCACACUCCAUCGACACUCAAUGAACUACAUAGAAGUACCACCGGAGGAGUUCCCGCACCAUCCACGAAUCAAUUCACAUGGCAUCCAUCAGGAGAGCUUCAUAUGUCAGUGGGUGGAGGGAACUCCGUUGCCAUCGAUGGACGUAGCAAGGACGCUCAUACUCAGGAAGACGUUGAAGUUAUGUCCACCGACUCCAGUUCAAGCUCGAGUAGUGAUUCUCAAUGAAUGAAGACUAGUUUGUUGUAGUGUUAAAAAUAUAAAAAUAGUUGAAUUAUCACCACUUAAUGCGGUGUUCAAGAUAAGUGUAAAAUUUGUGAAGCGAAUAAGCAUUUACAUUCAAUCAUACUAUGAAUUAUAUGUAUAGUGUCUUAUGGAUAAACU